GGGUGUUGCCGCCCCUGAGACACACUCACGCAUCGCAGAGCGUUACAGCAGCAGGGUGGGAACAGGGCGCCCCUCCAUCUCUCUUAAUCAUCGAGCCUUUCGACCAUUGACCCUCAUCGGAGCCCGCCGACAACCUCACGGAGAUACACCGCAGGGAGAGAGACAGACCGACGGGGAGAGAGAGAGACACCGACCGACGGGGAGAGAGAGAGACACAGACCGACGGAGAGAGAGAGAGACACAGACCGACGGAGAGAGAGAGAGACACCGACCGACGGAGAGAGAGAGAGACACAGACCGACGGAGAGAGAGAGAGAGAGAGAGCGCAGGACCGCGUCAGCACCUCGGACAGCGACAUGGCGCCAGUGGCGGAGGACGGAGCUCAGCUCGUGGCAGUGCCAGUAGGUGUAGCUGUGGUGAGCGUCUUUGGCCUUGUCUUCACUGUGUCAGCCUUUGCGUGGAUCUGUUGCCAGCGUAAAAACACUAAAUCCCAGAAGACACCGCCUUACAAGUUUGUUCACAUGCUCAAAGGGGUCGACAUCUACCCAGAGAGUCUCAGUGGCAAGAAGAAGUUUGCUGCACCGGCCAGCACAAAAACAAACGACAGCAGUAAAACCGAUGUUAACGGAAACUGCCACACUGCGACACCGAUGAGUCCGACCGGCACCAAUAAACUGGCAUCAAGUCCCAACGGUUCCAGAUUGGCUCUCCAUCUGGAUCUGGAGAAACGGGAUCUGAAUGGCAACUUUACUACCAAACCAUUUCACCACCACCACCAGAAGGUGCGGAGCUCCCCGGACCUUGAGCUGCCGUCUCCCCAUGCAGGGUUCACCCAACAUGGUUUAAUGGACCACGGUGACCUCCCUUCACCAUCCAGCACCCUCUCCAGUCAGGCGCCCACUCCAGCUGUGGACAAGCCCAACAGAGAGGAGAGGGAGAGUGGGUUAGGGACACUCCACUUCUCCCUGGAGUACCAGCCAGAGAAGAAGGCAUUCAUUGUCCACAUCAAGGAAGCCCAUGGGCUGAGCCCAACUGAUGAACAGUCUAUGACCUCUGACCCCUACAUCAAGCUGACCCUGCUGCCAGAGAAAAAGCACCGCGUGAAGACCAGAGUCCUGCGGAAGACUCUGGACCCUGCCUUUGACGAGACCUUCAGCUUCUACGGGAUCCCACUGGCCCGAGUGUCGGAGUUGGCCCUUCACUUCAUGGUGCUCAGCUUUGACAGGUUCUCCCGGGAUGAGGUCAUUGGGGAGACCCUCGUCCCCUUGUCCGGGAUUGACUUAUCAGAGGGGCGUGUCCUGAUGAGCCGAGAAAUCAUCAAGAAGAAUGUUAAGAAGUCCUCAGGCCGCGGCGAGUUGUUGCUCUCCCUGUGUUACCAGUCCACCACCAACACUCUUACUGUGGUCGUCCUCAAGGCUCGCCACCUGCCGAAGACUGAAAACAACGGACCCACAGAUCCGUACGUCAAGGUGAACAUGUACCACGGAAAGAAGCGUGUGUGCAAAAAGAAGACCCACGUGAAGAAGUGCUCCCCCAACCCAGUCUUCAAUGAGCUCUUUGUCUUUGAUCUGCCGUCCGACGAGGGCCUGAGGGACACCAGUGUGGAGCUGCUGCUACUGGACUCAGACACAGGCAACUCACGGAGCCCCAACACCGUCCUCGGGCGCCUGGUGCUGGGCACAUUGGCAGCUGGCACUCCAGGCGAGCACUGGAGGGAGAUCUGCGACCACCCGCGCCGCCAGAUCGCCAAGUGGCAUGCCAUGUCGGAGGAUUAGAACGCCAGGGUGUUGGUGGAGUCUGGUCUGGUGUCCAUAUCCUAUCAGGCCCAACUACGAGAGGGAUGGAAUGAGGAUGUGCAGGAUUUAUUGUCCUGCUAGCCAAUACCCAUUGGACUUUCAGUAAGGGUGGGUGGGAAACAAGGGGGAGGGGAAUUUGAUGUUUUGGGGAGGGCAAUUUGACGUGAUGUCAUCAUUCAAUCAAUCAUUCAAUUACUUAUCUUUGAAGUUAUUGGGGUUCAUUAGGGAAGGCGGGGCAAGACAACGGGAACCCCAUAGCUUGAAUCAAUCCCAAAGACUGUCACCUGAAAUCACUUGGUAACAUGCAACAUCAUCUCCAUGGCAACAACCAAUUGUCACGGUCACCAUGUGCAGUGCAGAGCGUCUUAAAUGUCACUAUUAUUCAUCUUCUCUUCUUCUUCCCCUCCUUCUUCUUUUUCUUCUUCCUCUUCUCUUUCUUCAGCUCAUGCUUCUAUAAAUAGUAACCUAGGCCAUCGUAUUAAAAAAACACACCAACAAUACAAUGCUGUAAAAAUUGUUGAUUAUUACAGUUUAUUUUAUAAUAACAAUGCUUUCUUCAUAAAGAUGUAGAUUGUUUUUAUUUAUGUUUUUGUUUUGUACUCCUUUGGUUGAUUUGUUUAACACAUUUUGUAAGUAUAAGUGGUAUUUCAUAUAUCAUUACAAGAAAGCCUAAAUUAGGUGGUUUGAGUAAAAACUGGAAUAGACUGAGUGCAGAUGGGACAGUAACUGAGGAUGCAUUUCUGUGUGUUUCAAUAUGAGAGUGCUUGUGCUGACGCAACCGUGUGAGUGUGUGGGUGUGUGGAUGUGGAUGUUAGCUCUGAAAAGACGAGAACCACAUAAUGUUUACUGUUGGUGUUUUGUCCCCUUUACUGUGAGCACAAAGACAGCUGAAAUGUAAAUGUGUGUACCUUACUAUAAAACAUGGCAAGUUCUGAGAAAAAAAACGUAA